UCAGUUUCCAGUAUUUAUUCUACAACAAUGUCGAGUGUUUGGGCUCUGGGGCUCUUGUUUUUCGUAAAGUCCAUUGAAAUUGUGCAAUCUAGGUGUUCCAAGUCCCAGUAUGAAUCAGGACCUGGUUACUGGCUGAAAUGCUCCAACGGUACCAUAGCAGAUGUAUCCAACGAGGAGGGACUCUCUGCAAUAACGAUGUUAAACUCAAACAUGAAAUACAUCUCGGCAAACUCAUUUAUAAAGCACCGAGGAACUCUGAUUGUACUCAACCUCCAGAAUUGCGAGAUAUCUGACGUGCAUCCCCUCACGUUCUCCAUAUUUCCAAAAUUGAAAAAGCUGAGUCUCUCCCACAAUAAAUUACAACACCUCAGCAAUUCCUGGUUCGCAGACAUUCCAAAUCUCGAACAACUCGACUUCACGUACAAUCAGAUCGAAACGAUUCAAACAGAUUUUUUCAAACGAAUCCCGAGUCUCCGACUGUUGAGUCUGGAUGGAAAUCAUCUGAAUUGUCUCAAUCCGAAGGAGUUGGAGCCCCUGGGAAGUCUCGCUAAAAUAAGAAUCUUGGAGAAUCCCCUAUCACUCCUCUGUCGUCAAAAAUUGACCCUAUGGCUGAAGGAUCAUGGAAUAAAUUACUGGAAUGAGGGCCCAAUCGGAAUGGAAAGUUGGCUGGACAGUUUGCUCUGGCGGUGUGCCAUUCAGAGCGAUCUCAUUGCUAAUUCCGAGGAAAAAAUGAGACAGUGCGUCGUCCUGGGGAUGUUCAAUCAAUUUCGAGAGGCUGUUGUUAACUUGCAAGAUUAUCAGGAUAUCAAAAACACAUGCGUCAGGGAGAGAAAGGCUUUUAUCAAUUCUCUGAUUGAUUCCAAAUUGCCUGGAGAAAUUCUGACGAAUGCGGGAGUCAUUGAGAGGAUGAUUGGAGUUGUUGGGAGUGUCCUGAUCAAUAACUAGGAUUGGCAUUCGGAAAUUCUGGGGAUUAUUACAUUGUUUCUAGGCUGGUUGGGGAAUUCACAGGACAAGAGUAUCUGCUCGAAACUAGUGAUAAGUAUGUUUCUCAGACCAAGGCUACUAUCGAUCCAGUCGAUUUCAACACAAUAUCGUUGUUUCACUUUGCGAUACUAAACCGCAGGUUUUAACAUUUUUUUGUAAUCAUUUCUGCCAUUUUUCCUCAAUUUUUUUCUCUCAUUGUUCCCCAAUUUUUUA